AUCGGCCCGAAUGUCAAAUGCGCCGGGAGUAUUCAUUUGAAGGGCGCUCGGUACUAUCGUGCGAGGCCCAGUCCAAUCCGUCUGUGAUCAAUUUCACCUGGUACAAAGGCAAUCGCACCGUGUCCGAAGUUGCCUCGUCCAUGACCGGGCCCGACGGCCACGAGAUUGUCGACCCGACCACACCAUCCGCCUCACUGUUGGGCAGCAAACAGUCAACGGUAUUGGUGUUGGCCGACAACGACGUCGAGGCCUACUAUUGUGUGGCCACAAACGAUAUCGGCUCAUCCCACCCCUGCAAACUACACGUCCAACAGAUUGCCAGUGCACCGUCCGGAUGGGUACAGACACUGUUGGCCGACGAGAAUCUACUGAUAGUGGCCGCGAGUGCCGGCGCCGUUGUCUUCCUACUGGCGUCCAGCGUUGUGGUGAUCGUCGUGUGCGCCGCCCGCCGGCGCCGCCUGAAAGGUCACCUCAACCCACACGGGCUCAACGGUCUGAACGGUGGUCACCGACCGCUGGACGGCUCCAACGGUGGCCUCAACGGCGGUCUCGCCGCCGGUUUUAACGGCCCAAUGGUCUCCACGCAGGCUUUCCAACGCUUUUCCGGCACUACUAAUAGUACCAUCAGUUCAGUGCACAGUCGCGACGGCGGCGGCGGCUCCGGGAGGCAGAAGUCGGCGUCGUUUGCCUUAAUUAAUCAGUUGCCGAUUCUGGAUGAGAGAUCG